AGUGGUUUGCUUGCCACUGGAGGUGACAAGCUCUUCUGCCAUAGUUGGCCACUCUGGUCAUUAGUAGAAGAGUUUGUACCAUCUAGUGGCAAAUCUCUUGAUUGAACCACUUGUUUUAUCAAAAGGUUUUUCAAAUCAUUGAAAUCGUCAUUAUUUUUGUUAACCAACUCUAUAAGUUGACUUACACGAUUAUCUAGAUGAGAAGUGAGAGAUUCUAGGCGGAGGCUUACUUGUUGG